AUGGCAAUGCAGGCGAGCAACACCACCACCAACAACGACACGUCGAUCGAGAGCCUCUCGGACUUUCUCGCGACGACAGUCGACUUUGGUCUCGCGACGUCGACUGCGUCAACGUCACGGAAGCGCCGCGCGUCACCCAAGGAGGAGUUGGCCUACUUGCGCGCCAAGCACGAGGACCUCGUUGCGCAGUACAGUGCGCUCCAGAGCGCGCAGCCGUGGGAAGAGACGUCGUGGAAGGCCAAGGCCCUGGCGCAAGCCCAGAAUUCCCAGAAGGCGCGGCACGAAAACGAGUCACUCAAAGCCUCACUCCACGAGUCGCUCAAGCUCCUCCAAGCGCUCCAGCACGUGCUGCACAAGCGCCCCAAGCUCGCGCACUUUCCCAUCCGAGCGACCGAGGACGAGAACGAUAUGUGGCGACGUGCGAUCCUGCGCACAACGCAGCGGCACUUGGACCUCGAGCGACUCAUGGCGCUCCAGUACGACAAGCUCGAGACCGAGUGGAUUCGCCGCGGCCUCUUUGACGCGAUCGACACCAACGCCCCACUCAAGUCGUCGUUUGUCCAUAGCGCGGCCGACGGCCAUGCGAUGGAGCUGCACUUUCUACGCACGGCGCGGUGCCCGCUUCCGUUUCGCGCCAUGGCGGACUUGCUCUGGGACCACAUGACGGGCGACGCGCCCGGCAUCACGCAAGAGUUGCUGUAUGCGUUCGAGCCCGACUUGGUCUACAUUCGGCUCACGACGGAGCUGCCCGACGCAGCAAUGCCGGCGCUCGAGUCGCGCCUCGCGGGGCGCCGGUGGGUCGAGCAUGGCAGAGUGGUCAUUGCUUGGCGCUCCAUUGUCGAGGACCACCUCAUCCCGCACGACGAGGACCACUUGAUCGAAAACCGCGUCGGCUGGGUCACGGUUCACGCGCGAAGCGAGACCGAGUGCUUCCUCGCGCUCUACGCCAAGUCGAUGACACCCAUGUUUCCGCAGGCACUGCGCACCCAACAACCGGCUGUUGGCACCCUCACGGAGAUCAUGCUUCGGCUGCACCGUGACAACUCGGUCAAAUUUGCAGCACUCAUGAAGCACACGAUGCUGGACAAGAUGGCCGAGCAUGGAAUUGAAGCGCCGAUGCCGCAGCACUAGUCCUGCUCUCGCGUGUCUGCUACAGAUGACCCGGCGUUGUAUGCUUCCACGUAGCUCGCUACAAACGAAUUGUUUCCAC